CCCAAUACAAUGAACGACGACUCCAACCUCCCUCUAAGCAACAUUGUCAAAUAUCAUGGAAAGUCAAUUGCCUCACUUCUCGUCGAGAUUGGGGGAAGCACAUUGCUCCAGGAGAAAUGUUUGAAGUUUAUCAGAGAAUUAGAAUGUCUCUCAAUUGAUGAGAACUCCAGUGAGGGAACUAGACUGAUACGCCACAAGAUUAAUGCCUUCGAGAAACAAGACUAUGUCGCUCUGUCUUACACUUGGGAUAACUCUGACCACGAAAACCCAGAGAAUGGCAAAUACAAGGUUCAAACUAGAGAUCGGCACCCCCGAUUCUUAUUAUCGCCGGUUCGAGACUGCGUUUUUGACCGUGUAUUUUUGUUCAUGCGAGCAAAGGGUCUUCACUGGCUUUGGAUCGACAGGCAUUGCGUCAAGCAAAGGACCUGCAGUACUAAGGGUAUAUGUCCCCAUAACAGAUGCAAGGAGAAACGGCGCGCAAUUGAGACUAUGGACCUGGUCUACAGUCUGAGCAAACACUCUGCGGCCUUGCUUGGAAGACCAAUCGAGUGGGAGCAUGAACUAGAUCUAUUGUAUAGAAUCCUUACCGGAACGCUUGUUGAGGAACUCAAGAAAACAAAACAUGACGAGGUUCUGCAAGCAUUAAGUUUAUUGAGUAGGAUAACGAAAGAUCGUUGGUGGACCAGGGUAUGGACAUUCCAAGAAGACUAUCGAGGACGGCCAGAUAUGACACUACUCAUCCGACAUCCUCAAUUCUUAGAAGCAAAGAAACAGGACUAUAGGAUUUUCUCAAAUGUUCCGAAUGAACUCUGUAUCAAAGCCGUCUGCUUCAGCAAAGCCAGUACCAAAUUUUGCCGUGCGGUCCAGGACGAAUCAACACAACGGGACGACGUAUCACAUCAUACGAAACAUAUCCUAGUAGUCACACACACACACACACACACACACACACACACACAAGUCUAUUACGCCCGGUAG